AUUAGAACAGAAUCGCGUCAUGAUUCGUUGUGCAGUGUCGGUGAACUUCGUUCUCGCAGUUGUGCUUGCUCAGACGCAACCAACGUGCAGAAAUGUGUUCGACUAUACCGUGUGCAGUUCCGUCGAAGGUGUUUUAACCGAGGUAACGGAACGAACGCACCGUGAUCGUUUGGAAAUAUUUAACUUGAAUUUGACGUCGAUUGAUCCUGGUGCCUUUAAAAAUCUCUCGCUAGUAAAUCUACACUUGUCUGCCGGAAAUAGAAUUUCGAAUUUGCAACCUGGCGCGUUCUCGGGCCUACCGAACCUGAAAUAUCUGGACCUUGAUAACAACGCGGUUACGCUGAUUCCCAACUUGUUUCAAGAAUUGCCUCACUUGGACAGAUUGUUCUUGGCUAACAACGGGAUUACCCACAUAUCGGAAGGGACUUUUAACGGACUGUCAGGAUUAACAAGGUUACAACUGCAUCAGAAUUUCAUCGCGACGAUAAAUCAGAUAACAUUUUCCGGCCUUUCGGAGAUAACUUCUCUGGGGCUAGAGGACAACGAAAUAACUACCGUCGCUCCCAAUUCGUUCAAAAGUCUCGAGAAAUUGAAAUAUCUUUACUUGGAUAGGAACAACAUCAGAAAACUGCGAGCCGAAACUUUCAAUGGUUUGACUGAACUUGAUUCGUUGUCCGUUUCUCACAAUGACAUAGUAACCGUUCAUGAACGGGCAUUCAGAGGAUUGUCGAAACUGACUCUGUUAUCCAUCGACCACAACAAAAUAUCCACGAUUCGAUCGGGAACUUUUAUCAGUCUAAGUAGUUUAGAAUAUCUGUAUCUUCAUAACAACGAGAUUUCAGUAAUAGAAGCUGACGCAUUCCAAGGCCUCUCGUCGAUGACUCACAUCAGUUUGACUGACAAUAAAAUCCAAACUCUACCGAGUGGCUUAUUCGCUGGACUAACGAACCUGAAGUCAGUCGUCCUGGUUAAUAACACUAUAACUGCAAUCGACCGAGUUGUAGUUCAGUUGCCAAGAUCUGCGACAAUUCAAUUCGGCAUUGAAUCUAUUCAACUUGGCUCACACGAUGACGGACUUUUUAGCAACGAAUGGCGAGCAAAGCUGUUUACAAAUCGCAUCAUGAUUCGUCGCGCAGUGCUAGUGAACUUCGUUUUGGCAGUUGUGCUUGCUCAGACGCAGCCGACGUGCAAAAAUGUGUUCGACUAUACCGUGUGCAGUUCCGUCGAAGGUGUUUUAACCGAAGUAAAGCAACGAAGUCAUCACGAUCGUUUGGAAAUAUUCAACUUCGAUUUGACGUCUAUUGAACCCGGAGCGUUUAAAAAUGUCUCACUGGUAACUCUGUACCUGUCUGCCGGAAAUCGAAUUUCCAAUUUGCAACCUGGAGCAUUCGCUGGCCUGCCGAACCUGAAAAAUCUGCACCUUCAGAACAACGCAGUUACACCGAUUCCCGGCUUGUUUCAAGAACUGCCCCACCUGGAAAGGUUAACCUUGGCCAAUAACAGCAUUACCCAUGUACCGGAAGGGACUUUUAACGAACUGUCGCAAUUGAAAGAGUUGAUACUGGAUUGGAAUCUGAUCACCCACGUACCGGAAGAGACUUUUAACGGACUAUCAGAAUUGACGAAGCUGAGCCUGGAUAAGAAUCCGAUUGAGACGAUAAAUCAAACAACAUUUUCUGGUCUUCCGAAGCUGACUUCUCUGGCGGUAGAGCGCAGCGAAAUAACUACUUUCGCUCCCAACUCGUUCGAAAGCCUCGCGGAAUUAAAAAAUCUUUACUUAAACUGGAACAAUAUCGGAGAACUGCGAGCCGAAACUUUCAAAGGUUUGAGUAAGCUUGAUUUUCUCUCCAUUUCCGACAGCGCCGUAACGACCGUUCAUGACGGGGCGUUCAGAGGAUUGCCAAAACUGACCGUGUUACUGCUCGACCAGAACAAUAUAUCCACGAUUCGGUCGGGCACUUUUAUCGGACUGAGCAGUUUAUACCAUCUGGAUCUUGACAACAACGAGAUUUCAGUAAUAGAAGCUGGUGCGUUCGAGGGCCUCUCGUCAAUAUCGCACAUAAGCUUGGUCAACAACAAAAUCGCAACACUGCCGAGUGGCUUGUUCGCUGGACUCACAAAACUGGAUUCACUCUGGCUGGUUAAUAACACUCUAACUGCAAUUGACCGAGCCGUAGUUCAGUUGCCAAGUUUCGCGAGAGUUAUCUUCGAGUUCUGAAUUAUCAUCGCCGCUA